CUUUAAAAAAUUCCCUGUCUUACACAUGAACUAGAGAGUGAGUGUCCUCAAGGAGGUGUACGUUUCAAAUUUGGCUAUUGCAAUGAAUUUCAUUAUUUCUUAAUGCUGAGCCGAUUGUACUUUGAGCUAGGAAUGGGUUAAAUACUACCAAGGGAAAUUAGCCCUGGCCAUACUGGCUCUUAAAUGCACAGGGCUUUGGGCCAUAGAAGAACUGAGAAACUGGUGUGUAGGAGAGAGAGUUCUCUCGGUGACAGAAGCAACAGUUGUGAAAACCCUUCCGCAGUUAUGGAUUCAUCUGAUAAUCAGAGGAAGAAAGUGGCUGUCAUUGGUGGUGGCUUGGUCGGAUCAUUAAAUGCAUGCUUCCUUGCAAAGAGGAAUUUCCAGGUCGAUAUAUAUGAAGCUAGGGAAGAUAUUCGAGUGGCUACAUGUACACGUGGAAGAAGCAUUAACUUGGCCCUCUCACAUAGAGGAAGGCAGGCCUUGAAAGCUGUUGGCCUGGAAGAACAGAUUGUGUCCCAAGGCAUUCCCAUGAAAGCCAGAAUGAUUCACUCUCUUUCAGGAAAAAAGUCUGCAAUUCCCUAUGGGACAAGGUCCCAGUAUAUUCUUUCUAUAAGCAGAGAAAGUCUAAGCAAGGAUCUGUUGACUGCUGUUGAGAAACACCCCAAUGUGAAGGUGUACUUUGGCCACAAGCUGUUAAAAUGUAAUCCUGAGGAAGGAAUGAUCACCGUUCUUGGGUCUGACAAAGUCCUUAAAGAUGUCACUUACGACCUCAUUGUAGGAUGUGAUGGAGCCUAUUCAACUGUCAGAACCUACCUCAUAAAGAAACCUCGUUUUGAUUACAGUCAGACGUACAUUCCUCAUGGGUACAUGGAGUUAACUAUUCCACCUAAGCAUGGAGAUUUUGCCAUGGAACCCAACUAUCUGCAUAUUUGGCCUCGAAAUACCUUUAUGAUGAUUGCACUUCCUAACAAGAACAAAUCAUUCACGUGCACUUUGUUCAUGCCCUUUGAAGAGUAUGAAAAGCUUCUAACCAGUAGCGAUGUGCUGGAUUUCUUCCAGAAGUACUUUCCAGAUGCCAUCCCUCUCAUUGGAGAGACAGCACUGGUGCAAGACUUCUUUGUGUUGCCUGCCCAGCCCUUGAUAUCUGUGAGGUGCUCUUCAUUUCACCUUAAAUCACACUGUGUACUGAUGGGAGAUGCAGCUCAUGCCAUGGUGCCAUUUUUUGGGCAAGGAAUGAAUGCGGGCUUUGAAGACUGCUUGGUAUUUGAUGAGUUGAUGGAUAAAUUCAAUAAUGACCUUAGUUUGUGUCUUCCUGCAUUCUCAAGACUUAGAAUUCCAGAUGAUCAUGCAAUUUCAGACCUAUCCAUGUACAACUACAUAGAGAUGCGAGCACAUGUCAACUCAAGUUGGUUCAUUUUUCAGAAGAGCAUAGUGAGAUUUCUUCAUGCUAUUAUGCCAUCCACCUUUAUCCCUCUCUAUACCAUGGUCGUCUUUUCCAGAAUGAGAUACCACGAGGCAGUGCUGCACUGGCAUUGGCAGAAAAAGGUAAUAAAUAAAGGACUCUUUUUCCUCGGAUCACUGACAGCCAUUGGGAGCACCUAUUUGCUUAUAUAUUACCUGCCACCAAGACUUCUAGACUACUUGAGAAGGCCAUGGAACUGGAUCACUUACUUCUGGAAUUGUUUCCCCACAAACUCCACGGAGGCACUAAAAUAAAU